CCGGGUUCCGGCAGUCCGUCGUCCUCCUCCACGCCGAGGCCACAGCCGGCGUCUCACGCGUCCAGCCAUCCGAUCGCUCGGACACCACCACAACACGGGAAUACCUCGACAGAAAAGAGCGGAAGCAGUGAAGAAUCCGGAAAGCGCAAGGAGUUCGACUUGGAAUCAGCCAAAAGUUGGAUAACGAGGAGAGCCUUCGAGUUGCAAUUUCCCCUUACGGAAGAGAAGGCGAAGAAAUCCGGGUCUCCGGUUUGGUUCAAGGCCAAUCAAAGCAGCAGCAGCGGCAGGGAGGAGAUUGAUCACAUGGACAAUCUCUCGAACAUCACGGGGAUCGACACCCUCCAGAUAGACGACGGCGGUUUCCAUAUCCAUACUGAAGAGCAAAAGGUGGCGACGAUCGACGAAAAGGCCGAGGCGCCUGACAUGGAUUUUACACUGUCGCCUUACUCCGACCUGAUCUACCUCCUUCACGAUCAGAUGCAGAAGCUAGUGGAACCCUCUUUCUUCUCAACGGAAGGGAAAGAAGAUGUAGCGAGGCUUUGGUCUGGUUCCGAGGAAAUCCUUCGCAGUAUCAACAAGCUGCAAUCUAUCUCUGCCCAAAUCGAUGAGCUCGGUAGGUUGAUUCCUGAUCUGAACGAGAAGUUGAGACUCGUCUCAUGCACCAGGUCUUCCGAACACAGUUCAGCCGCAGCCGAGAUUGAGGAGAAGCAAUUUGCUGGCCACCGCCGCAUGUGGGAACUAUUCAACGCCAGAAAAUUCGAGGAUUUAACCUCGUUGAGCUCUAUGAUUUUUACACACUGCGCACCAGGACGCAUGCCGUCGUAUGCUGUUGUCAAGCCGACCCUGCAGAUCCUUUCGAUCAAAGUCACGGAAUUAACUGAUCUUGAGUGGCCGCUCAAGGUGUAUGGCAUUAUCGCGGCCCGUGAUACCGUGGACAACCUUCGUAACCCCCUAUUCCUUUGUUCAAGGAAUGGCGCACAACUUGUCACUCAACAGGAUCCGUUUUUACGCUUGACUGGCCCGUCUCGUGCAGUAGUGUGUGAAGAGCCCGUUUCGUUUGAAAUCCAACUAAAACUAAAGGGCAGAACAGAGUCUGAAGACAAAGCAUUGAUGAGUUCUAAGUUGUCUUACAAGGAGGAUUCUGCUAAUAGGUAUUCGACCCUAAAUGUUGGCAACCACUUCUGCAACAUGGAGUUCUGCUUUCAGCAGCUUGACCGAUCGGUCCAAGCCACUAUUGUAGGUGUCCGCGUUGUUAGUCAGAGGCCAUCAUCCUCAUUUCCGCACGGCGCCCAAGUUCUCUGCUCAUCGCUGCCUCGUGGAUUCAAAGAAGACGAUAACACCCUGUCUUGUCCAAAUCUGUUAUUGCAUGAUUGGAAAGAUGGAAUAAGAAGUGCUGAUGGGCAUCUUGAUCUGGCAAGGCAUGUUGUUUCCGCUGAAUUACGUGGGAAGCUGAAAGUUGUUAUCAAGGAUUGUAAAUCCCCUGAUCUCACCGGUUAUGUCCUCUUGACACCAAAGAAGUGCAAUUUCAGCCAAGCCACAUGUCUUGUUGGUGACGCUGAAGUGGAGGUUACUGUUGCUUGGUCUCUGCUUGUGAAAGACGAUGAAUGUAUCUUGUCAAGCAGCUAUGUUGAUCCAUAUGAAGCAUGCCCUACGCUACAUCCCUCCACGCUGACCUUCUUGAAGACGGGAGUUGCUGAAAAUUGAAUGCGUUUGUCAUGUAUAUAAUGUACAACAAUUCUUAGCAUCUACAAUAUGUUAUUUGAAAAUCUGUUCGUUGUGAGCUUGAUGCUACUUGUUACUAGAACUUCUCUCCAGACAAU